AUGGUGCUCAAGACUUAUAACACAAAAGGCAAGCCAAGUGUGGUAACAAAGCCAUUAACACCAGAAGCAUUCAAAGAUUAUGGUACAAUCAUUUCGGCGGACCAUCAAAUUGGAUCAGUUGAACAAUCAAGUGCAAAUUAUGGUACAGCUAUAAAAGUUCAUAAAGUAUCCAAAAUUGAAAAUAAUUCAAAUUUAGCACCAUCCAAAAAUAUUGCAAGAGCAAAUUGGAAUAUUUUUAGAUGUUCACCACCGACUCAUUUAUUUUCUAAAAAUGAAGACCAGGAUAUAGUUUAUCGUUCAAAAGUUUUAGAAAGACAUCCUUUUAGUACACAAACUUUCUUGCCAAUGGGUGCUUCCAAAGAUUUAAAUGCUUACAUUGUGAUAUGUGCAAAAUCUAAACCAGGUAUGUGUAAUGGUUUGUUUUUGAUGAUUUAA